AUGACGGCCAUAGUAUUCCUUUGUUCGAGCUGUUUGAAUGUGGCGAGCAUUAACAGUUUCGCCCGACAAUAUCUGGACCGGUUUCGGGCGCUUAUGGCGGAGAGAACACAGCAGGAUGGUUUCGACACCGAUGGAAACUACCGAGUCGUCAUCGCUCUGCUUGUUGUACUUGUUUCUCAGGCUGGCAAGUUUCCAUCGCCAUUUGAAGGCAUUUGA